AAGGAAAGUCACCAUGGGAGCGUUUUUAGACAAGCCAAAGAUGGAGAAGCAUAAUGCCCAGGGGCAAGGGAAUGGGCUUCGUUACGGUCUGAGUAGUAUGCAAGGCUGGCGAGUUGAAAUGGAGGAUGCACAUACGGCUGUGAUUGGUUUGCCAAAUGGACUUGAUGGAUGGUCUUUUUUUGCUGUAUAUGAUGGGCAUGCUGGAUCACAGGUUGCCAAGUACUGCUGUGAGCAUUUAUUAGAUCACAUCACGAGCAACCAGGAUUUUAAAGGGCCAGAUGGGCCACCAUCUGUGGAAAGUGUAAAGAGCGGCAUCAGAACAGGUUUUCUGCAAAUUGAUGAACACAUGAGAGUCAUCUCUGAGAAGAAACAUGGCGCAGACAGAAGUGGGUCGACAGCUGUGGGUGUCAUGAUUUCUCCCCAACAUACAUACUUCAUCAACUGUGGAGACUCGAGAGGCUUACUUUGUAGAAACAGGAAGGUUCACUUCUUCACACAGGAUCACAAACCAAGUAAUCCACUGGAGAAAGAGCGUAUACAGAAUGCAGGUGGCUCUGUAAUGAUUCAACGUGUGAAUGGCUCUCUUGCUGUUUCAAGGGCACUUGGGGACUUUGAUUACAAAUGUGUCCAUGGGAAAGGUCCUACAGAACAGCUAGUCUCACCUGAGCCUGAAGUUUAUGAAAUUGAGAGAUCAGAAGAAGAUGAUCAAUUCAUCAUCCUGGCUUGCGACGGUAUCUGGGAUGUUAUGGGAAAUGAAGAGCUGUGUGACUUUGUAAGAUCCAGACUUGAAGUCACUGAUGACCUUGAGAAAGUUUGCAAUGAGAUAGUUGACACCUGCUUGUACAAGGGAAGUCGAGACAACAUGAGUGUGAUAUUGAUCUGUUUUCCGAAUGCACCAAAGGUAUCACCAGAGGCGGUGAAAAGAGAGGCAGAGUUGGACAAGUACCUGGAAAGCAGAGUAGAAGAGAUCAUAAAGAAGCAGGGUGAAGGAGUCCCAGACUUAGUCCACGUGAUGCGUACGUUAGCAACUGAGAGCAUCCCAAACCUCCCGCCAGGGGGUGAAUUGGCAAGCAAACGGAGUGUGAUUGAAGCCGUUUAUAACAGACUGAAUCCCUACAGGAAUGAUGAUACUGAUUCUGCCUCAACUGAUGAUAUGUGGUAAAACUGCUCAUGUAGCUGUGGAGUUCACGUUUCAUCCUUCAGAUGAAAGUGCAGCCCAACCUCAGUGACCCUUCUUAACAUCCAUCCUCAAUCUUAAUUAAAGAAGGGAAUAUGAUGUGUUGGUGAGAGUGACUACAGCAGUACGACAUCUAGCCCAGGAACUGAUCUUUUUUUGUAAUAUGGACUUCUGUAAACGUGAUUUCAAACCAUAAUUCAUGUUGUAAAUCAGACUCCAGCAAUUUACGUUGUAUGAUUUUGUUUUUGUAAAGUGCAAUUGUCUUUGUACAAAAUGCUCAUAUUUAAUUAUGAACUGCUUUAAAUCACUAUAAAGGUUAGAAGAAAUGUUUGGCUUGUGUGAUGCAACAGUAUAUAUCCCUUUAAAGUCAUAUUGUGGUUUUAGAUUGCAAGGAGCAGCAGCCUAGCCAGCUAGGUGCUCAAGAGGUGCACAAAACUGUAAAGAUAACUUCUUGUUUUAUAUGAAAGCUGAGCUUGUGGGCAACUUACCAGAAAUUACAGUGUGUGAAUUUGCUUGGCAAUGGAAAAAUAACUGAGGGUAGUGCACAUUCUUCAACAAACGUAUCUCAUUUUCUUGGCCACACUCCUGCUCUCACACUGAGUUAAAGUGAGUUCUGAUUUUGACUUCAGUGGGAGUUAAAUCAUGCCCUAUUAAUAGUAUCAUGUUCAUACGCAUAUGAACCUUGGGAUUAGAAUGCCUUGAUUCUUUGCACCUCUUUUUUCAUUAACCCUUACCUGAAACUAAUAAUCACUGAGCACGAACAGGCAGCUUUCUACAUACGGUAGGAGUCUGCAGCAUUUUUACAAUCCUCAUUGGCUGGGUCUGCUGCUGUUCCAAGUAAAAUACUUUGAAUUCCAUUUUAUCAAUAAAGCUUGAUUUAACAAACAAGA